ACAAACACAAACAUAAGACACAAACCUCAAAAACACUUGAAAAAUAUCCUUAUCUUCAUCACUACACUAUGGUCCAUACACAAACCGGGUCAAGACGCCGGAUUCUGUAUUUUCCGGCGGUAAAUCCGAGCGAAUCGAUCUCCAUUACCACUCUUGUCGACUCGCUGUUACAAAUCGCCGGCGAGAUUCUCACCUUCAAACCAAAACACUCCUCCACCAACAAACAAAGCGUCAAAGAAACUCUCCGACAUAUUCAAAACCUCGUAAUCAUCUUCGACGAAAUCCGGAUUCAAAUCCAGGUCGGGUCAAUAUUCUCUCGGGCAGCAGUCCUUAGCCUCUCGGAGCUCCACGUCAUCUUCCAGAAACUCAAGUUCCUUGUAGAAGACUGUACACGAGAUGGAGCUAAGCUAUAUAUGUUGAUUAACUCCGAUAAAGUCUCAGCUCAUUUCCGGGUCUUGACCCGAUCCAUUUCCACUUGCCUCGACACUUUUCCAUCCAUAGACUUAUCCGAAGAAGUCAACGAGCUAAUCUAUCUAAUAAUCCGUCAGACCCGUAAAUCCGAAGCAAGACCCGACCCGGAAGACAAACGGGCUAUAGACUCGGUUUAUUGGAUCUUUAAUCUGUUCGAGAACAGGAUUAACCCGAACCCGGAUCAAAUACUCCGAGUUCUUGAUCACAUUGGUGUCCGAAAAUGGAGCGAUUGCGUCAAAGAGAUUGGUUUUAUAGGAGAAGAGAUCUCCGGCGCCGAGAAGAAUGAAAUCGAGCUUCUUAGCAGCUUAAUGGGAUUCAUAUGCUACUGUAGAUGCGUGAUACUUCGAGGCAUUGAUGAAGAAGAUGAGAAAGAAGAAGAAGAAGAAGAAGACGAUUUGAUUAUUGGAGGCUUAAACGUUGAUGAUCUUCGUUGUCCGAUUUCUCUUGAGAUUAUGAAUGAUCCUGUGGUUUUAGAAACAGGACACACGUAUGAUCGGAGCUCAAUCAAAAAGUGGUUUUCCUCCGGUAACGUAACGUGCCCUAAAACCGGGAAAAUUCUGGUUAGUACCGGUUUAGUGGAUAACGUGUCUGUCAAGCAAGUGAUUCAAAGCUACUGCAAGCAAAACAGCGUGGUUUUGACGACGGAGACUGAUCAGAAGAGGAAGAAGAACAAGUCGAUUUCGCCGGAGAGUUUAGCGGCGGAAGAAGCAAGGAAACUCACGGCGGAAUUUCUCGCCGGAGAAUUGAUCAUCGGAGGCGUAAAGGAGAUGGUUAAAGCAUUAGUUGAGAUUCGUCUUCUCACCAAGACGAGUAGUUUCAACAGAUCUUGUUUGGUGGAAGCUGGAGUUGUGGAAUCGCUUAUGAAGAUUCUUCUUUCUGGAGAUCCGACGAUUCAAGAGACCGCCAUGGCUGGGGUUUUGAAUCUGAGCAAGGAUGUCGCCGGAAAAACUCGAAUCGCCGGAGACGGUGGUGGAUUGGAGAUCAUUGUGGAGGUUCUCAACGAAGGAAUCAGAAGAGAGAGUAGACAAUACGCAGCAGCUUCGAUAUUCUAUCUAUCAUCUCUCGGAGAUUAUAGUAGAUUGAUCGGAGAAAUCCCAGAUGCGAUUCCGGGAUUGUUGAGGAUCGUUAAAGGUUGUGAUUACGGAGAUUCGGCCAAACGCAACGCGUUGAUCGCGAUUCGGAGUUUGCUGAUUCAACAAUCAGAUAAUCACUGGCGUGUUCUCGCUGCUGGAGCGGUUCCUGUUCUUCUCGGUCUCGUGAAAUCCGGCGAGAUCGGCGACGGAGUCACGGCGGAUUCGAUUGCGAUUCUCGCGAAAAUGGCGGAGUAUCCCGACGGGAUGAUCUCUGUGCUACGCCGUGGAGGAUUGAAACUCGCGGUUAAGGUUCUGGGUUCGUCUGAGUUUUCGCCGGCGACGAAGCAGCACUGUGUUGUUCUGCUUUUGAAUCUGUGUGUUAACGGUGGAAUUGACGUCGUUGGGUCACUCGCUAAGGAUCCGUCGAUAAUGGGGUCGCUUUACACGGUGUUAAGUAACGGCGAGUGUGGAGUUGGGAGAAAGGCAAGUGCUCUAAUCAAAAUGAUUCAUGAGUUCCAGGAAAGGAAAACCGGUAUGGUCGAACCGGCUUUUGAAAGAGAUCGGUUUGUCCACGCCUGGUGAUAUGGUUGGCACACACUAUAAACCCUUUGAGCUUAUUUUUAUCAAAGGGUUUAUUUACCAAAAUUAACUUCAUUUUUAUAUAGGUUAAAGAUAAAUAUUCUAUUUUUAUGUAUAUAAUAUACUUAUCUUUGUUAAAUACUAGCUCGGGGAUUUUUAAAGAACCCAAAGAGCUAAUAGUAUUGUGAUCAGUUUCUGGUUUUAGAGAGAAGCUGUGUGCAAUAUCAAUGUAUCCUGUAUUUAUAUCUGGAAAUAAAUG